UAUUAUACAUUCGCCAUGCUUUUCUUAACGAUCGCGCUGCUGGGCGUGGUCCUGGCGCUGUUAUACAGCCUCUAUCAAAAUACGUACAGCUACUGGGAACGCAUGGGGGUGCCAUACGAGCAGCCACUGCCAAUAAUUGGAAAUAUGAAAGGCAUCGGGUCAAGGCUCCAUUUCCGCGACAUUAAUCAGCGGAUCUAUGAUCAGUUCAAGGGCAAGACACCGUUUGCCGGCCUAUACAUGUUCUUCAAGAGGGUCGCCUUCAUAAUCGACCUGGAUCUGAUCAAGCAGCUGUUGAUCAAGGACUUCCAUGUGUUUCAGGAUCGCGGCAUUUUCAACAAUGUGCGCGAUGAGCCGCUGACCGGCCAUCUCUUUACGCUCGAGGGCGACGAAUGGCGCUCCAUGAGGCACAAGUUGACGCCUGUCUUCACGUCCGGCAAGAUGAAGCACAUGUUUGGAAUAAUUGUGGAUAUCGGCCGUCAUCUGGCCGACACAAUGGACAAAGAGGUAGCGGCAGCAAGCGCUGAGAAUGGCGAUGUGGAGAUAAAGGAGCUCUGUGCUCGCUACACCACAGACGUGAUCGGGAGCUGCGCCUUUGGCCUGGAGUGCAACAGCUUGGCCGAUCCCUUUGCCGAGUUCCGGUCCAAGGGCCGUCUGAUCUUCGAGAAUCCGCGUCAUCCCCAGAUUAUUCAGUCCUUCAUCUUCACAAAUCCGAAUCUAGCUCGAAAGAUGCAUUUGAAAGUGCUGCGCGAUGAUGUGGCGAACUUCUUCAUGACGGCUGUGCGAUCGACGGUCGAUCAUCGCAUCAAGAACGGCAUCAAGCGCAACGAUUUCCUCGAUCAACUGAUCGAGCUGCGCGCCGAGAACGAAGAGGCAGCACGUCAAGGCAAAGGCAUUGAUCUGUCCCAUGGUCUGACCAUCGAGCAAAUGGCCGCCCAAGCCUUUGUCUUCUUCAUAGCUGGCUUCGAAACCUCCUCCAGCACAACGGCCUUCUGUCUGUACGAAUUGGCACUGCAGCAGGAUAUACAGCGGCGACUGAGAGAAGAGAUCGAGACGGUGCUCAAACAGACAGCUGAUGGAGAGGUCACCUACGAAGCCGUUAGCCAGAUGAGCUAUUUGGAGAAAGUGCUUGCCGAGACUUUGCGUAAGCAUCCCAUUCUGCCCCAUCUGAUGCGACUAGCGAAAACUGAUUACCCAGUUCCUGGCACAAACCUCGUCAUUGAGAAGGGCACUUCCAUAGUGAUUCCCGUGCAUAACAUUCACCAUGAUCCUGAGAUUUAUCCCCAACCAGAACGCUUUGAUCCCGAACGCUUUGAGCCAACUGCCAUCAAGGCCCGUCAUCAGUUUGCCUAUCUGCCCUUUGGCGACGGUCCUCGCAACUGCAUCGGCGAGCGCUUCGGUAAAAUGCAGGCUAAAGUCGGCCUAAUCUCCCUACUGCGUCGAUUCAAGUUCAGUGUUUCCGAGCACACUGAGAUUCCAUUAAAGUUCAAUAAGCGUAACUUUUCGUUGUCCACCCAAGAUGGAAUUAUUCUGAAAGUAGAGCGUAUUUGAAGAGACGCGCUUUAACCUCAACAUA